UCCGUUCCCCCACCCCUCCACCCACCGACCGUAGGAAGCAGUAGCGCAAACUGUGUGAACGCAGGCGGUUGGUGAGCUGAGUCGGCAUCGAAGCCAUGUAUCGUUACAACGGGCUCUUCAGGCUGCUGUAUUCCUCUUGGCGGGGAGCGUCGUUGUGUGCAGCGACUGGUCGGCGGGGCGGUGUUGGGAGGGUUCGGGAGAUUGUAGAUGAUGGGUGUGGCGCCGAGUAGCGGUAGAGCCUGGGCACUGUCUCAAUGGGAAUAAGAUUCUAAUGGCUGCACAAGGCCGAAAUGUAUGCCAAAUGACACAACCGGACCACCAAGUUGCAGUCAGGUCCAUCACCAAACCAAUCAAUGUCCCUUGCUGUCAUGCUGGCGGGGGGAUAGAGGGGGCCAAGAUGUGGGCAGAAAAGGGAUUCAAACGAGCAAGGGCCACUAUUUCAGCAGGACCAUAAUCCCCUAUGCACUCCCUAGCCAUCGACCGGUGAGACGAAAACAUCGUUUCCAUCAAUACGGGCUUCAAUAUGUUCAGUUGUUAUCCGAAGACGAUAUCCCCACGUUUGGAAGAGAGCAUACCGACAAUCCGAAACGCCUCGCAAGCCUCCAAGCCUUGCUAAAACACACUGAAGUCAACGGCGUUCCAAAAUCUUUUAAGCUUGAUGGUUCGAUGUCCACAGGCGGCGCUAGUCGGAGAAACCUUCGGUCGUUAAUAGGAAUGAGACACCAAGCAAUUCAAGUCAUCGCGCGCCAUGGCCGCUGCGACGGUGGGCGCUUAACCGCAGGGGUUGAAUCUGACAACCAUGGGCGCGGACCAAUGGUGCCUGAAUUAUUAUUCCAUAGGGCUCUGUGAUAUUGGCAUUUUGCUUUAAAAGUAGACGAGUAUGAUACUUGCC